AUGCUUGUCAACGCGGCUGAGCUCCCGCCACUCAAGAAGGCCGCAGGCGAGGCGCGCAAGAAGCCUGAGAGAUGGAGACCCAUUGAUAGGAAACCGUGGAAAGCAAAGAGAGGAGAGGGAGAAGAAUGCGUCGCGGAUAUGGGGCGAGAAGAAGACGGAAGCGAGAAGAGGAGAGAGGCGAGGAGAAGAGAGAAGCGAGAAGCGAGAGGAAGGAGAAGAGACCAAACGAUGGAGGGAAGAAGGACGAGGAGCUCGGGGAGCCUGGACGCCCUGCGGCGUCUUCUCUUUGGAUGCGUGUCUGCUGCGCCUUCCUCGGGCGACAGCCGCGGGUGGCAGCGCAAAGUUCUCUUCGUGACAGGCGCAGGCCUCAGCGUCGCCAGCGGCGUUCCUCUGUAUCGCGCCGCGUCUGUCGGCGAGGAAGUCUCUUCCAUAAGGCGAAAGCGCAGACGCCCCAGCGCGGCGGAGGCGCCCUCAGAAGCCUCUCGCAGAGCGCCCGCAGCGGCGCCGCGCAGCGGGCGAAGCCGCGCGCGAGAGAGAGGCUUUCGCGAGGCCGAGGGCGCCGGAAAGACGCCACGGGAGAAGGGCGCAGAUGCGCAGAGUUCGAGAGACCUUCCUGCAGUCGUCUGGCGAGAAGAAGGGGAAGGCGCGCGAGUGCGCAGGGCUGCGGACGGCAAGGCAGAAGAGCGAACUGCGGGCGCGCACGCGCGAGGCAUGGCGGCUACAGAAUGGGGUACCAUAUCGGCGUUUCGGCGCGAGAAAGAGAAAUGGUUUUCUGCCUUUUGGUACCGCGCACACGACCCGAGACUCUUUCGGCGGGCGUUUCCCUCGCCCGGGCACUUCGUUCUCGCCUUUCUCCUCCUCUCACGGCCUUCAUCCGUUCUUCUUCUCACGCAGAAUGUCGAUGGUCUACAGCACGUCGCGUUGUGCAUUUUGCGCGAGAAACUCGCCAGCCAGGUCUCGAGAGCGACGCUCCAUGGAGAGAGGACGCUGUGCGGCGGAGACAGACACAGCGUUGCGUGUGAAGAGGGCGAAGAGAAGGAAGAAGAAGGCAGCGGAGCUCCUUCGAAACGAGUCUCUGAGCGAGGAGAAGGAGGAGGAGUGGUCAGCCACGGAAGGCCGGAGGGGGCUGCGAAAUUGGCGUGCGGAGAUGGGAUCGCGAUGAAGGAAGUGAAGGGCGUAGCGGCUGCAGCCUCCCAGACAGAUCCACUGUCGACUCUCCCCACUGCAUUCAAUCUUUCCUCUUCUCCUCCGCCUUUCCCCCCCCGCCCCGUGCCGAGAGAUGUUUGGGUCAGCCUCGCGCCGCGCGGGGGCUGGUGGAGCCCAACCGCGCUGGCGCAGGGGCGACACGAGAACGGAGACAGGGCCGCGGAGGGCGACGCCUGGAGAGAAGACGCGCAGAACGUUUUCGAGCUGCAUGGGUCGAUGUACGGCUACAGGUGCUCGGGGGUGCCUCCGACGCGGGCGCCGCGGGCGCGGACUCCGCUCUCAACGCGCCACGCGGGGAGAAGCCCAGAGGGAGGCAGGAGACGCGAGACGCACGCGGGAGAUGGAAGCGAGGCGGAAGCGGCGCUCCACGUGGAGACCGGCCUGUCUCCGUCGUCGGCAACUCCCACAGCCGAGGCCCCUCUCGCGGACUCGAGGGAGGAAGAAAACCAGGCGCGGCAAGACGAAGUUGACUGCAUCCAUCGCUUUCACGUCGCUCUCGAGGAGGCUCAGGUGGUAUGGCGGCUGCACACGCCUAGGGGGGGGGGUGUGACGCGAGCCAAGGCCGAUGUCGGCGGCAACGAGAGUCCGCGCGACGAAGACGGUCGCGGAGCUCUUGCAGGCGAAGAAGAAGGAAACUUGCGCGCGCCGGGUGACCGCAGAGCCGCCGGUGCCGCCGAGGGCAGUCGGCGCGGAGAGGUGGGGCCUGCGCAGGCGGCGCGGGCGACGCCGGUGCCUUUCUUCUCGUCUCUCGCGGUUCUUCCAGCUGUCUCCGCGGACUCUGGCGGCGCCGCGCCCUUGUCUCUCGGCUCGCCCCCCGCGCGUGAGCCGCGACCCUCGACUCUCCUUCCGCUCUGCCCUACCUGCGGGUCGCUCUGCGUGCCUCUAUGUCUGUGGUUCGACGAGACCCUCUUCGUCGCGCCGCACCGCGCCUUCGAGACGCCCGCGGCUUUCUCGCGGGCCUUCUUCUUCCUCGCAGGCCUCCACAGGCGGCAUGCAGCCCAGAAGGUCGUCGGGAGCGACGCAACAGAAACGCGGCCGCGUUCCUCCCUCCCCGAGGUCUCGGCUGCCUCGCCGAACUCCGCACACCGAAGCGGCUGCUGCGACAACGCGGGAAUCGAGAGGGCAGAAGGCGCAGAGGACGCUGGUCAAGCACCGCCGAAAGGAAGCGGCGACGCGGUAGGCGGCGGGUUGGCGGACGUGAAGGGCGCACUCUGUGGUCUUCUCGGCGCGACAGGCGGGCGAACAGCGCAGGACAGAGGCGGCGCGUCUCCUCGGGCGUCCUCGGCGCCUCCUCAACUCGCGGGCGACGCGUCCCUUCUGGAUCUCGACGCGCGCGCGCCUGCGCUGGUGUUCAUCGGCACCUCCUUCAGCACCGCCUCCACGGACUGGCCUGCGCUUCUCCACGCCGAGGCGCUCGACGCGAGACGGCUCUUCGGCGCCCAGCUGCUCAGGCUGCACGAGCGUCUCGAGGAGGCCGCAGCUGCAGACGGCGGGGAAGCGGAAGCUGGAGUCGCAGAUCGGGGAAGGGAGGGAGCGAGCGAGCGACAGGGCGGCGCAGCGGCGGGCAGCCUCCCCCCCCCUGCGGUCUGCGGCGGAGGCAGACAGCGCGUCGCAAACAAGCGUGUACGGCACCGAGGCGGAGACGGGGACGCGGGCGAAGGCGAAGGCGACGAGGGAGAAGUGUUUUGCAUCAAUAGCGGAAGUUGCCUCGAAGCGGCUUACGAGACGACGGAGAAGCAGCGAGAAUUCCUCCGCACGCGCUACGCGGAGCUCUUCAGGGCGGUUCUCGAAAGCCAGGGCGGCGGCGCGGCAAACCGGAAAGGUCGAAAAGCGAAACGGCCGCGCGAGGAUGAUGAACACAUCAUAGCAGAGGCGCGGACGAAAAGCGAAGAUGCAGAGGAAGGCCGCCCGAUGCAAGAGGCGGUGAAGAAGGACGGGACAAAGACCGAAGCCAGAAGCAGAGCCGCCGUCGAGUCGAGGGGGACAACAAGCUGCGAAGCGGAAGUCGACGCCCUAGGACAGGAGGACGGCGGAAGGAGAGAUGAAAAUGAAGAGCCUCGUAUCGCGUAUUAUCACCGUUCGGUCAAGAACGAGCCUGAAAAUGGGCUCUUCUUGACCUCCGUCGCCAGCGCCCGCGGCGUGAUGCCUUUCUCUUCCUCCGCGGAUGCCUCAUCAACGAGCCCGUUUUCUUCAUUUUCCGCUUCCCAGGCGCUCGAGGCGACUGGCGAGGACGGAGGCGCGAAUGGAGCUGAGAUGCAGCGAAACGCGUGUGCGAGAGAGAGAGACCUCUCACGGGAGACCGCCGCACAGCGGGGGCGGCUUGCGUCUUCCGCGUCGUCUGCGCUGCUGCCGCCAUUGUCUUCGUCUUCCCUCUCUUCUUCCUGUCCCUCCGCUGACCAUUCGCGUCAGCCGCAGCCCUCCUUCGCGGCCCUUUCCUCCGCCUCAAUUUCACGUCCUUCGUCGCUGGGGGCGGGCGAGUCUUCUUUGCCGUCCCCGGGCGCCUCUGCCGCGUCGCUUCCGCUCGCGUUCGCGGCGGCCGGAGGCUUGGAAGGCGCGGUUUUCGAAGUCGUCUCGCUCGCGCGCAUGCGGAGAGUCGUCGGCGACGCGAGCGACGUGCUGCUCUCGGUCUGUCCGCCGGAGCUGCGGCAGUGGCUCGUCGAAGUCCACGCAGGGACGAAAGAAGAGUUCCUACGCGUGGUAGGAGAGGGGAGGCGCGUCGCGGCAGCCAAAGCAGAAAUCGGGGAACGAAAGGCGCCCAUCGCAGCGGCGGACACGUCUCCCGAGAAGAGAGCUCGAGCUGGAGAGGUCAACAGACGGGAUGCGACAGGCAGACAGGCGGAGACUUGGAUCUGCGAGUGA